AUGAUUGCGCUGGGAAUCGAGGGAUCCGCCAACAAAUGCGCGGUGGGCAUCGUCAAGGAUGAUGGGACGAUUCUGUCCAACCCACGGCACACGUUCAUCACGCCGCCGGGCACGGGCUUCCUCCCGAGGGAAACGGCGGUCCACCACCAGGAAUGGAUCCUGAAGCUCGUCGAGCAGGCGCUCGAGGAGGCGAAGCUCCGCCCGGAACAGCUGGACCUCAUCGCGUACACCAAGGGCCCCGGCAUGGGCGGGCCGCUGCUCACGUGCGCGAUCGCGGCGCGCAUGUUGUCCCAGCUGUGGAAGAAGCCCAUCGUCGCUGUCAACCACUGCGUCGGGCACAUCGAGAUGGGCCGCAUGGUGACCGGCGCGAAGAACCCCGUGGUGCUGUACGUCAGCGGCGGCAACACGCAGGUCAUCGCGUACGCCGACAAGCGCUACCAGAUCUUCGGGGAGACCAUUGACAUUGCCGUCGGCAACUGCCUCGACCGCUUCGCGCGCGUGCUCAACCUCUCGAACGACCCCGCGCCAGGGUACAACAUCGAGCAGCUGGCGAAGAAGGGGUCGAAGCUAAUCACGCUGCCGUACGUCGUCAAGGGCAUGGACGUGUCCCUGUCCGGCAUCCUGUCGCACAUCGAGGAGGCGGCGCCGCGCAUGAUCGAGAGCGGGGAGGCUACGGCGGCCGACCUGUGCUUCUCGCUGCAGGAGACGCUCUUCGCGAUGCUCGUCGAGGUGACGGAGCGCGCGAUGGCGCACGUGGGCGCCGGGGACGUGCUCGUCGUGGGCGGCGUCGGGUGCAAUCUGCGUCUGCAGGAGAUGCUGUCGCUGAUGGCCAAGCAGCGCGGGGGGCUGGUGUACGCGAUGGACGACCGGUACUGCAUCGACAACGGCGCGAUGAUUGCGUGGCCGGGCCUGCUUGCGUUCAAGUCGGGCACCGUGACCCCCCUGGAGGACUCCACCGUCACGCAGCGCUACCGCACCGACGACCAGGAGGUCCUGUGGCGCGACGACUGA